AUGGCGGAAAGCAAAGAAUUAGAUAAACAGGACCAGAUAUUUACAUCGGCUGACCGGAUCCGGCAACUAAACGACGUGGACCAGGACGUCACAAAUCUCAUCCACUCCGCCGGGCUUGCAGUUCAAGCCCUUACCAACGCCAAAUCCGACGAUCACUCCUCAGCAACAGCAACAACAGACACAUCUUUUGACUCCCACAAGUCCCGCUUCAAAGAAGCCACCUCGCAAUACUUCGCCCUCCUUUCCUCGAUCGAUGUCCGUCUGCGUCGCCAGGUCUACGCUCUAGAAGAGGCUUCUGUUCUUGCUCCGGAUUCUGCGUCGCGGACGGGUGAGGGAGGUGCUGCUGGUGGGGGAGGUGCGGGGGCCGCGAACCCGUUGGAUAUCAGUUGGUUGAAUAGUAGGAAGGAUACCGUUGGGAAGGAUAAGGAGGCUGAGCUCUGGGCUGCUGCAAGGGGGUUUGCGGAGCAGAUUGGUAACCCGACUUCAACGGAACCGGCAAAGGCAGAGGGGGGUCAUAAGAUGGAGGUCGAUUGA